GAUUCAUUAUGGGCCCUUGCCCCAAGGCCAUUUAAGACCCGGCCCAAUUCCCGAGCGAAAAGCUGGAGGAAAAAUUAGUAACUCGGGUCGGCUUCAUCUUUUCUUUCUCUUUCUCUGUUUCUCUCAUAUAUCACAUCCCGUUUUUACGUUUGCCUUCGGUACCUUUCCAUUUUUGAUCAUGUCCUCUCCAUCCAGACCUUUGUCUCCCAAGAGAGACAGUAUGUUGAACUCGAGGUCACCGUCCCCCCUGAAAAACAGGCCGUCCACGCCAGCCAAGGCGCAGGCACAAACAAUGAGAAAACUCCCCAAGCUAGGCGUCAACUUGACACCCCGCAGAAAACAGGAGUCGGCCGGGUUCCAGAUCUACGAGGACAAGCCGGAAGAAUACGAGCUCUACCACAAGUCACGUGCCAGCCCCUCCAACGACGGUGUCGAAUUGCACGACGACAAGGAGAACAUAUUGCAGCCCAAAGUCUUGAGCUUGGACCAGAACUUGUAUACGCACAGGAGACCUUUGGCGAAUUUGGACAUCCGUAAAUUCACCGGGUCUGCAGUCACGUUGGGCCAGGUGCUGCGCCGCCCCAUGCAACUCACUCAAUUAUACCAGCCCACAAACUACAACAACGAGUCGAAAACCACACACAAGUUUUCGCCGUUGCCCAGUUUUGUCACGCCGCCAAGAAACGCCAUGAGGCAGAUCUUGCAUAGAACACACGACUCCAUAGCAGAGGAGGAUGACUUGGAGCUCCGUUUGAUUGCGAAACUGCAGGACCUCGCAAGACGCAAGCGGGCCAUGUCAGUGGGCGUGAACAAGGGCAAAGAACAUUUGGUGCAGAAACCCCGCUUCCAGGUGUACACCAACUAAGCGUCUUUUUAUGCCUCAGCCUCAUGAUUUUCAUUCACUUCUUCACUUUCUCUUGCAUUUUGCAUCAGGACACCAUUAGACAAUACCCUUUAGACCAAUGAACAACAUCAAUAAACAAUAGUACCAAUACCAGUACCAGUACUAAUACCAAUGCCAGUACCAGUGCCAAUACCAAUACCAAUACCAGUACCAAUACCAAUACAAGUACUAAUACCCAUACCAAUGCCAGUACCAGUAUCAGUACCAAUACCAAUACCAAUGCCAGUACCAGUGCCAAUACCAAUACUAGUACCAGUGCCAAUGCCAGUACCAGUGCCAAUACCAAUACUAGUACCAAUACCAAUACCAAUACCAAUACCAAUACCAAUACCAAUACCAAUACCAAUACCAAUACCAAUACCAAUAAAGUAAACUCUCAAGCAAUGCCCAAUAACCCAUAAACAGUCCUAAUCAACAAUACUCAUUCUGCAUUCCAUGCGCACCCG